AUGAGAGCAAAGUGGAAUGAGACCAUUAGGCUCUUCCGUGGUGGAAUGCCAAUCAGACGUCACUGGGCUCAUUUCAGGAGUUACGAUCACAGUUUCACAGGAGCCGAGGCUGUCGAUUUCCUCCACGAACUGCUCAGACAAAACCAGAACUUCGGACCGGAGGUGACGCGCUACCAAACGCUCCAGUUACUCCGAAAAUUCCUCAAAAAUCACGUCAUCGAGGACGUCAAAGGCCGAUUUGGUAAAGAGGACUUCGAGGACAGUGGACAUUUAUACAGAUUUCCCCCACAAUCACCUCUAAAGCCCGUUCCUGUGCGUCUACCUGUAAGAGAUCACCGCUCAGUACCCAGAAUCCCACGCUGGGACGAUUAUGAGGAGAUAGCAGUGCCGGAGAAGAUCCCAAUAAAGCCUCUUAUGAAUUCCGAGUCGUGGAAUAAGAGGCACAGCAUCGCCAUCGGUGAAGUUCCUGAUUGCCGUUUAAUCCGGAGGAGAGAAUUAACCCCGAAACACAUGGACCAGAUAUGGAAGUCAAUGACACUAACACAUUUACAGACUGUUUUGGGUCUCCAGUCUCUGGACGGAGUUUUAGAUGCCAAACUUCUGAGCCCGAAGCACAUCGUUCACAAUGUGUUUGGUGUUAAUAAGCAGGGGAUUGUUGUGCUGAAGAACAAAACAGAGGACUUGCCUCAUUGGGUGUUAUCUGCAAUGAAAUGCCUGGCAAACUGGCCCAAUGGCAGUGAGGCCAGGCAGCCCAUGUAUCCAGGGUUUGAGAGAGACGUCUUCAGGACAGUGGCAGAACAUUUUCAGAGACUGAAAGAGCCACUUUUGACUUUCCAUCUGUAUGAAAUAUUUGUCAGUAUUUUGGGGCUUCUGCAGCGGCAGUCGGUUGCGGUUGAAGCGCUGCAGGUCUGCGGCCUCCUGCUGCCUCCAGCCAACCAUCGUAAACUGCAGCUGUUAAUGCGUCUGAUGGCUAAAGUCUGUGCCAACCCCUCUCUCCCACCUCUGAACGACACCAUAGGAGCACGUACCCUGAUGGUCCAGACCUUCUCGCGGUGCAUUCUGGGAUCUGCGGAUGAGGUGGACUUGGACGAGCUGUUGGCCGCCAAGCUGGUCACGUUUAUGAUUGAUAACCACGACAGUGUGCUAAAGGUGCCAUCCAACCUGCGAAAAUCUGUCGAGGAGCAUCUGUCUCACCUCAGAAGAGCCCAGAUAAAGUACGCUGGGACAGACACGGACACCUCCAUGGCGUCUCCACCUCACUCGUUCUGCAGACAGAUCAGCAGAGAGGAGUUUGAGCUGCAGAGGGUCUCUGGAUCUCAAGGAGCCAUGGUGGAACUACUGGAGAACAUCAUAGAAGACAAGAACAUGUCUAUCAAAGACAAGAAGAAGAAGCUGAAGCAGUUCCAGAGAUCUCACCCUGACAUCUACCGUAGACGCUUUCCCACCGCUGAAAGCGAGGCGGCGGUUUUCCCAGAGAGACCCCAGAGACUCAAACCUCAGCUGAUGUUCCUCACGCUGAAAAAACCCUUCCAGCCCUUCCAGAGGAGCUGGAGCUUUCGGGCUUGAGUCAGCGCUCAGAGUGCUCAGUUUGACGCUAGGGACGACCGUGUUAAGUAUUAUUAUCAAGGAGAGAUGUUACUGAAUAUUAAAGGUUGCAUUCUGCUAGGACAUCCUGAAUCUAAAUAACACUAAAUUCACCUCAUCAGUGAUCAGAUGGAUUAAAUAAAGUAUAAUGCUGUGCAUUGGAGCCUUUUAGGACAAGAAAGAAGACAUUACAGGCAAAACCACUG